UGUCAGACGUCACUCGUUCAUUUUCGACAGACAAUCUUCACCAAACAAUCGUCACCGCCCAACGACUGCAGAAAUGCCGCCAUUAUUCGCCAGUACGCUCAGGCGUACGGCUGUUCUCGCCGCCGCCGCCGUGUCGAAGCCGCGCCUUUACUCCACCACUAUCGAGACGGUUCCCCUAGCGUUCACCCGCCACGACUCGCCGACCAGCACGACCUCAGGAAACCCGCCUCUGGUAAUCCUGCACGGUCUCUUCGGUUCAAAGCAAAACAACCGCAGCAUCAGUAAAGCCUUCGCCAAAGACCUAAACACGUCUGUGUACGCCGUGGACCUGCGCAACCAUGGCGACAGCCCGCACAUCAAGCAGCACGACUACGAGUCCAUGGCAGCGGACGUCGAAGCCUUCCUGCACGACCACAACCUGGGGUCCGACACGGUGCUUCUGGGGCACUCGAUGGGAGCCAAAGCGGCGAUGGCCGUAGCUUUGCGGCGGCCCGCGCUGAUCUCGCGGAUCAUUGCGGUCGACAACGCGCCCAUCGAGGCGACGCUCGCCUCCUCGUUCGGCUCGUAUGUGCGCGCCAUGCGCCAGAUCGAGAGCUCGCACAUCAAGAAGCAGUCGGACGCCGACGCAAUACUGAAGCAGUAUGAGGCGGACCUGGCGGUAAGGCAGUUCCUGCUGACGAAUUUGACCCGCCCGAAGGGUGAGGAGCACUUGAAGUUCAGGAUUCCAGUCAAUAUUCUGCAGAGUGCGUUGGAUCGCAUGGGCAGCUUUCCGUAUCAUCCCGAUAAGGUCCGAUGCACGAAGCCUGCGCUGUUUGUGCGCGGUACGAAGAGUCAUUAUGUCCCGGAUGAGGUUAUUCCGAUCAUUGGAAGGUUCUUUCCGAUGUUUACGCUCAAGGACGUUGAUGCCGGUCAUUGGGUCAUGGCGGAGAAACCGCAUGAGUUCAAGGACAUCGUGCUGGAGUGGCUCGCAAAGGAUCAAGAAUAGAAACCACCAAUCUCAUAUAUCCCCAAACUGCCCCAUCUAGACUACCCAUAGAGU